ACUGCCAAUGAGUUGAUCCCUCUGAAUGACUUUAUUAUGAUUUUUAUAGAAUAAUAAAAUGCUUUCCUUAGCUUGCAUUAAAGGAGGAGCAGUUGCAUUGUACUUUUUAUUUGAUCUUUCAAGAAAUGCCUUGAACUUCCCUGUCUUGCAUGCUUCCAGGGAAGAUCUCAGUCCCUGCUACUCAGGUUAGCAGAGAAGUAGAGAAGAGUGAGACCAGAGGCACUCGGACAAGGACAGUAUAAAGACCCAUGAGUGAUCAUCUUGAGAAAGCCCCCUGAUUAAUGCAUUUCUGUACUUCCUCUGCUAACACUCAGGUACUUGUUCUUUUUACAGGAUGAGAGCCUAUGCCUACUGUGAAGACUUUCUAUUCCCAAAGGUUUGCAGGACCACGGUAGACCUAUGGUCGGUUUACUCCAAGCCUGUCCCAGCAAACGGCAGAGAGCUGUGGACCUUGUUUCUGCAGUGUUCAUGCAUUACAGCGGUGACAGGAGGCCUCUUUUACAACUGGAUGUUUGCUUCCCUGGAAUACUCCUGGCAUCUCUCCAUUGCAAUGGCCAUGUCCUUCAGUCCGCUCCUUCUCCUGACCCUUUUCUUGGUGCAUCCUGCCCGUUGUGUCUUCAGUAUGAUCAUGCCUACGUUAGGUACCAAACAAGGCCGGAAGCUUCUCUUGUCAACCUGCAUCAUGAUAGUAGUGAUUAACAUAACACCCAACAUCAUAAGCAACAUUAAAACCAUACUGCAGGUUUUUAAGUGCAUCUGCAAGAAUUCCUCUGAGAGUCUUUUGAACUCAACUGCUCUGCUAGAGACAGCUUCCUGGGAGUUUGGGGAUGCAAUCCAAGAAACCAUUCAUUCCAUUAAUAUUUAUAGGCCUAUGAAUGGACAUUUUCAGUUUUCAUUGCUUAAGAACAGCUCCUUUAUUAACCAACAAAUGCACCUUGCUGGUGAGAAAAUUGGGAGGGACUUUUUGGCUGUUGAGGUACUGGUCAAAGACUCUGUACGAGUAGGCAACAAGCUGGUUGCUGGCUUCUCCAUGCUCUAUCUUUGUUUUGAGUCCACCUGGUAUUUGAAAAAUUAUCUCACCAACCUCCGCUUUGACAAUUUUUACAUCACCAAGAAGUUGGAACGUUUAGCUGUGGACAGAAAAGCAGCUCAUCUGCUGGUGGGCUCAUCCAAAACCCUCAUUCGACCAACAGGCUUGAAGUUGUCCCGGGAAGAAGUGAUGCUGUGCCUCGUGCAAGCCAUGCUCCUCACCGUGGCCCUGAUGCUGAUGCUGGUGGUCGUGGCAAUGGACCACUUUGCAUUCAGCGUGGCAGACACCGCGGUGAGAAAGGCAACUCAGCUCUCCACAGUGCCCGUCACUCUCAGCAUUAAAUACCAUGCUAAAAUGGGGAUCCUGCCCUUUUUUUUGAAACUUUUACAGCUUCCUAAUGAAGAAUUACCACUUCAGGACUUUGAAAGAAGUUACCAGCAUUAUCUGACCUUCAGCUCUGCCCACUGCAGGAUCAGUCCCCCAAAGCCUCCCAACCCCUCUGUGCUGCUUGUUGUGGGGCUGCUCUUCUGCAUCCUCUAUGCCAUCGUAUUCCUGGAAACCUAUGCACAUCGCCUGUGCAGAAAAAUCGCAGGCUCCUUCUUCGAGAGCUGGGAGGAGAAGCGAGCACUUUAUCUCUACAAGAAGCUGUCCAGAAAGCACAAGGAGGAGCAAAACUGCAUGAGAAACUAAGGAUACUUUUGGAAAUACAGGGAAUGCCUGAGACCUGUGACAGUGGCUGGGCACAGGCAUCUGCAAUGGGAUCACACGUUUAAUCUUCCAGAGUCAGAGACAUGUUUGGACUCUCAGGAAAAAUAUUUGCCAAAAAAAGAAAAAAAGGUGAAAUGUCACAUUUUGCGUAAUUUGAGAAAAAUGGGCUAAAUUUACUUUUUUUUUUUUUUUAAAUCUAGAAGGCCUGGGGUCAGCUGUUCGGGAAUGGUGGGAGAUGGUAGCUCAUAUGACUUGGAGGAUAUCUGCAGCAUUAGGCAAGGCUAACUGGGAAAUAUGUGGGAGUUGGGGUGGGGGAAGAGCUUAUUUACCUCCCCCAUCACAUCCGUGCUAGAAGAAGCACAUGCUUCCUUUCUUUCUCAAGUUAUGCCUUCACGCAGCAAAAAAGGAAGCUCAUUUGACUCAUUAAUUUAAUUUUCAGGGAGUUUUUCUUUCAGGUUUCAUGCACAGAAACCUGGGUAGACUGGAUAAAUAUUAGCCUUUAGAAGAUAGUUUAUUCACCUAAGAAGGUGUCAUUUCAGCCCACUGAAAUAAAUUCAGGACCAAUAUGACCAUGAGACGCACAUCAUAGUCAUAGGUAUUGGUGGAAAUCAUCACGAGGACUUUAUGAAAUCAUUUCACAAUGGCUUUUCAAAAUAAAAUAUAAAUAAAAUAGCUGUAGGACCUUAGAAGAGGAGGAGACCAGCCAAUAAAGGCCAAUUUGGGUGUCAGUCUUUUUUCCCAAGUAACAAGUGAUAGGAUGAGAGGGAACAGCCUCAAGUUGCACCAGGGGACGUUUAGGUUGGAUAUUAGGAAGAUGCCUUCACUGAAAGGGUUGUCAAGUGUUGGAACAGGCUGCCCAGGGAAGUGGUGGAGUCACCAUCCCUGGGGGGAUUUAAAAGACAUGUAGAUGUGGCACUUAGGGACAUGGUUUAGUGGUGGACUUGACAGUGCUAGGUUAACAGUUGGACUCUGUGAUCUUAAAGGUCUUUUCCAAUCUAAAUGAUUCUAUGAUUCUAAUUCAGGCCAACAUCCUGGAGGACUUCAAAAGUGGUAGACAGAAACUUGACAUUUGAAUCAGUGCUCUGCAGGGAACAGGGAAGUAGCAGGACUUGGAGGGCUGGACUUGCCUGAACUGAGAGCUGGUUUUACAUGUUGGGUUGUUUAAAACUCAGAAACUCUGGUAUUGUAUGCAAGAUGCAAAAAUCCAUCACUGAGGCAGUGUCUGAAACAUGUUAUUUUUGAAGGAGAGGCAGAUUGGAGACCUCUGUAAGGGCAAGAGCCAGAGGGGGAGAUAAAUCAGUGCCAGGUUAAAAACAAAGCAACUUCGCAGCUUCAUUUCUUCAAAGCAUCUCUAUUAUUUUCCUCCCAUCUCCCAUUAGAGUCUUCAUUAAGGUAAUUAUUUGACAUAAUGCACCUCAAUGAGAUUAAAUUACAGAAGUGAAGUGGCAGCUGCAGUCAGAUGCACCAAAUUCUCUCAGCUUCUGAGGUGCUUGAAACAAAGUAGGUCUGGAUUUUUUUUUUUUUAAAGCAUCCAUCUAACAAAACCCUGGUGCAUUCAUCUCCCCCGGUUUCUUAAUUUCCUGCUGUUAUGAUGAUUAAUCCAAGCACCUUCCUGCCUCUACAGCAACUAGGGGACUUUGUCAUGAGGUUUCUGUAGAAAUGCUUUGUGUUGUUGUUUGGGGAAAGCAAAUAGAUUUCCACAUGCCCAUUGAGUAGUCAAAAUGAUCUGGAGCCAGGAGUUAAAAUAGCUGGGAGGAGGAGCCCCUUCAGCCAGCAAACCAUCCCAGCAGCUUGUUGCCUUCCAACAAGCACAUCUUUAAAAAAAGUUUCUCCUUGGGAAGACUCAUCUUUUUGGCAAGAGUUGCGCAUUAAUGCUUAAGAAAUAAUUUUUUUAUGGCCAGCAGCAUUUGGGGAAACCCCCUGAGCAAUAUCCAGUUCCUCUCCUUGCUUCUAAGGGAGGUCUUCAGAGGAGAUUGGGGCAUGGGGAGAAGAGGCUGAAAUUGUGAAAUGCUGGGGACCAGCAUGGGUCAGGCUUUGUUUUAGAGAUGGGCUCUCCGGGUUCAGAUGGGGUUUGGAGCAGGUGGGACCACAGAGCUGAACUCUAAGAGGACUAAGUACCAACCUGAGUGUCCCACUGCAUCCUUUAGACAGGCGCUGCGCAGCUCACAGCCAGGACAGCUGAGCAAUCUGUGAGGCAGCUCCUGAAACACCCCUUUUCAGCCUCAGAAAUUGUAUUUAUUAGGAAAAACUGACCCCAGUCCAGAGCAGUUCUCCCUGUCUUCUCUAGAGUUUCCUUCAUCUCCCACUAAAUUUUAACCACUAAAGACUAAUCCUGGGAACUUUGCACUUCUAGACUGUAAAAUUCAGCAUCAGACAAGCCUUGAUUAGUGUAAUUACAUCUGCUUGAAAGGAUAAUAAUCAGUGUGAGGUACUGCCGCUCUGCCUCUGCCCCCAGAGUCGCAGCCCUCAUAAACCCAUGAGGCAGAGCUGUGCUCCCAUUUCCAUUCUGCAGAAGAGGCUAAGGACAAGAGUUUAUAAAGUUCUUUGGUGGGUAUCACACCAGUUUCAGUGGGUUUGUUGACAAGGGAACCAUGGGCAGCAGAGCCCUUGUUGCCUGCCUGCAUCUAGAGAUCAAUUGUCCUGCCCUUGUUUGGACAUCUGCCAUAGGAGGCAACCGAUUGUGCCCCAGGUGCCAUCCGUCUCCUCGGCCUUGGGACCCUCAUGCAAGGCUUUUAGCUUUAAUAGCCAUGUAGAAAUCAGCAAGGGAAGAAUUUGCGUUUAGAAGGUGAACACCUUGCAAAGCACUGGUGAGGAGGUAAGGGUUGGGCGGGAGCUGAAAAACUGGCUUUUGUUAUGGUGAUGCUGAGGUUUGUUACUUAGAAAGGAGGGUAAUAAACGUUGUGAAGUGUCAUCUCACUAGUGUGAAGAGGGGUUUUUUAAAUGUAGGAAGGAAAAAGUCACUUUGAUACCCAUUAUGGUUAUUUUAGAGGUGAAGUUGUACUGCUGUUGAAAAGUGUGCGUGCUGAAGGCAGAUAUACUUGUCUAUCACUGAGAAAGUGAGCGAGCGGCUGCGUGGUGCUUAGUUACUAGCUGGGGUUAAACUACAACAGAGACUCAGGGAAGAAGAGCUCUGAGUGGUUUCCAGCCUGAAGGACCGGCAAGGAGAGUCACAGGGAAACCACAGGUAUGGAGUUAAACCUGA